GGGAGCGGCUGGCUACCGUAGUCGCGGCGCCGACGGUCCAGCGUGCAACCCCCGCCACGCCCCGCCCCCGGCACGCCUGCUACCAAUCAUCGAAAGCGGGCGGGGCCGCAAGUUGAGGUGUCAAUUUCGGCAGUUGCGCGUGUGAGAUGCGAGCAUGGCGUUCAACCCGUUCCUGAGCCGUCCCGAUCUGGCCCUUUUGCCCUUCAUGGGCCACAUACCCACUCUACCGGGGGCUCCGAGCUUCUUCCCUCGGCUACCACCAGACCUGAGUGAAAUGCGUGGAGCUCGUGUGGAUGACGAUGGAGUACAGGAUGAUCCACAAGUUGAGCUCGACGACAAAGAGCUAUGGAAUUCAUUCAACUCCUGUGGUACUGAGAUGGUGAUUACCAAAAGUGGGAGGCGGAUAUUCCCCGCUUUCCGAGUGAAAGUCAGUGGUCUGGAUAAGAAGAGCAAGUAUAUAUUUCUCAUGGACCUGGUUCCAGCUGAUGAGUGUCGCUACAAGUUCAACAAUAGUCGAUGGAUGGUGGCCGGCAAAGCGGAUCCCGAAAUGCCAAAGAGGAUGUAUAUUCACCCUGAUUCUCCCGCUACCGGCGAGCACUGGAUGGCCAAGGGAGCGAACUUUCACAAAUUGAAAUUGACGAACAACAUAUCUGACAAACAAGGCUAUACGAUCCUGAACUCAAUGCACAAAUAUCAACCUCGUCUACACAUCGUUCGUUGUGCGGAGAUCAUGAAUUUGCCCUAUUCGACUUUCCGCACGUUCGUCUUCAAGGAGACCGAGUUCAUCGCAGUUACCGCCUAUCAAAACGAAAAGGUCACGCAACUGAAGAUCGACCACAACCCGUUCGCGAAGGGGUUCCGGGACGCAGGGGCUGGCAAGAGGGAGAAGAAGCGGCUGUUGCAGACUCAGGCUAGGGAGCAACACUCACCCAGAUCCUCGUCUGCCCACCCUUCGGAGGACGCCUCUGAGGACGACGACCCUGCACCAAAGAAGGCCCGAGAAGACCCUCCGAGGCCAUCUCCGCCCGUUCCGACGGCGGCCGCGGCACCCAUCUGUCCCCCUCGACUGCCUCCGCAAAUGUUCCCAUUCGCAUUCCCAUCUGAGAUGUUCUAUCCCACUCCCGAUAUGAUAUCCCAGUGGCAAGCAGCCCUACUGCGGCCUCCCAUACUGCCGGCCGCCGCCCUCAGUCCUGCCGCCGUGCCGCCGGCACCGCGGAAGGGCGGAUUCGAUGUGUCAGAUCUCUUGUCAAAGCCAUGACAUGGUUUCGUAUCUAUUCGCUAUAACAUAUUCUAUUCUUGUCAUCACGGGCUAUGGCUCCAGGUGCGCACACCUCCAGCUCUAGUUUUGUUAUCCUAAGAAGCGGGACGAGAUGAUUUGGAGUGCGCGAGAUCUCCUAGUUUUAUGUGCGGGAUAUAACUAGUUUAAUCGCUUUGUAGGGCUCUACUCGCUGUCUAACGCUUAGUUUUGUCAUUUUUCUCCCGCCUAAAGUUCAAAUCUCUUCUGAGGUGUGCACACUUAUGUGCAAAACUCUGUUCUUCUUCGUACCUUUGAUCUAUGACAUUGUUCGGGCUGAUUCACAACUAUGUUCACAAGUGUGAUGUUGAGAUAUUUGAAGAAUACCAAGAAUAUAUCAGAUGCUCAGCUUUAGUUCAUAUUCUCUUUUCUCUGUUAUUUUCGCAGAUUUUGUACCGCAUCCGCUUGAGAGUGAUAUUUCUUCUUCUAGCGGAUACUUCUCUCCUCUCGCAGUCUGUGUUCAAUGUACAAAUCGUGUCCAUUCCCAGUGAUUUUGCUAUAUAAAUCUAUUUCAUGC